AUGGAGCGUGAGUCAGUUUCCGGCGCUUUGCCUGCGCCCUCAGGCUUUAUGACGGUACCAGGAGACGAAGCGGAUCGCGUGGCUCCCCUUCGCACACAAGUUACGGUCACGGAAGACACGAGUGAGCUGGAAGAUCCCAUUGUUUGGAUCGACUGCGAGAUGACAGGGCUGGACCUGGAGACUGACCAGAUUAUCGAAAUUGCGGUCGUCGUGACAGACGGCCAGUGCCGGCGUCGCGUGGCUGGGCCCAACCUCAUCAUUCACGCGAGCGACGAGCUCCUGGACGGCAUGGAUGAAUGGUGCAGAAAAACACACGGACGCUCAGGCCUGACUGAAGCUUGCCGUAAGUCGGCCCUGACGGUGGCUGAGGCUGAGGAUCUGAUUCUCACGUUUGUCCAGAAGCACGUCCCAACUACGCGGAUUGCGCCACUCGGUGGCAACAGCGUCCAUGUGGACAGACAGUUUCUCCUGAAACAAAUGCCAAGACUUGUCGCUCAUCUCAGCUACCGCAUCAUCGACGUUUCGACCUUGAAGGAACUCGCGAUGCGGUGGAAGCCAGAGUUGCCGCUUUUCAAAAAGAGCACAAACCACCGCGCACUCGAAGACAUUCACGGAAGCAUCGACGAACUGCUGUAUUACCGCCAGCGUCUGAUUCGACAUUCAGAAUGA